UGCUUGGCCCUAUAUAUGUUGACGAAUUCAUUCAAAAUGUUCAGAUGCAAGUUCAUUCCACUUGACCGAGAGGGCGAAGAAUAUUGUGAGGGGACAAUGCCGAAAUCAUUUCUUAUACGUCAUGUUAUGAAGAAAGAAGCCCGACUGAAAACUGAAAUUGACUCACCACGUCUUGAGACGACUUCCUCUUGCUCGACCUUCAUGGACAACUCUCUAUCAGACUAUAUGAUGUCACAUCCGGUACUUUCGCCGCAGAUUUUGGCAGCAUCGCCCUAUCAUCUUCCAAAACCAUGGUAUAGACACGCUCUUUCCCCGGCCGAUCUUUAUCCUGAGGGGAGUUUCCACUUGCCACUGUCCGUGUAUCCUUAUCCACACUGCAUGUCGAUCAACUCUUUUAACCAUUGGAAUUACUCUCCCCUGAUGUCACUAAUGAGAAGCGGUGAUGCAAUAGAUGCAAACCACUCUCCAAGUAGUUCAACAUCCAGUGCAACAGUAAAAAAGGAGGAUUCAAAACCUCGUUUUGAUUUUGCCAACCUUGCAAAGUCAGCCACACAAAAAGACGACGACGAUAAUGAAAAGAAACAAGUCGACACUUCACAGGAAAAAGAGGCCAAAAUCAUCAGCAGUGUCAUAAUGAACGCAGGAUCUCUACGGUACAACCCAAUGACCAGCAGCUUUUCUCCCGUCUGUAACCUUCCACCACGAGUGUUCGCCCCUGUCAAGAGACCACGCGGUCGCGGGCCCGCUAGGACCAAAAAAGAGUUCAUCUGUAAAUAUUGUGGUCGCCAUUUCACCAAAUCCUACAAUCUUCUGAUCCAUGAGCGAACACACACAGACGAACGGCCAUACCCCUGCGAGAUCUGUGGGAAAGCUUUCCGGCGCCAAGACCAUCUCAGAGAUCAUAGGUAUAUCCACUCUAAGGAGAAGCCUUUCAAGUGUAUGGAGUGUGGGAAAGGAUUCUGUCAGUCUCGGACUCUAGCUGUGCACAAAACACUUCAUAUGCAGCUACAGUCAGGUCAGACAAAGUCGGUUAAAAAGGAAACCAGUCUGAAAGACAGCUCUCCCAUCCAACGAUGAACCACUACCACGACUGGAGGAUAGAAUCAGGAGGGACAACCACGUGAAGCUCCUGGCACCCGUUUGCGGACGAAAAAAAAAUCGGUGACUGCGUACUUUGGGGGGUUAGUCUAGGACGUAGGACCCACCCCGAAACUCGACCCACCAACCUCACAACGAACUGUGACUGGGACAUUCUCCGAGUGAGAGUACAUUUGUACUGCGGCCGUGUGCAAUACUUCAUAAUACAAGUAGCUGCUAUUAACUUUUUAAAAUUAUUAUUAUGAUAUUUAAUAAAAGUGAUAAAGAAAUGAA